AUGGACAAUCAACAGAGCCAAUCCUUUAAACCCAAGACAGAUUUCACUAUGGACAACCCAAAAAGCCAGAAUCCGCAAGCGGACGAGCAGAGCUCUGCUGGUGGACGGGAUGGCUUAGGUGACAAGCUAAGCUCAGUUGCUGGCGAAGGCACAGGAGGCAGUGGGGACAGCCAGAGUUUGCUCGACAAGGGUAUAAGUUACCUGCAGCAAUCUGUAACCGGACAAAGCGGUCAGACCGAUGAAGCAAGCGCACAAGGAGACACGAGCCACCAUGCGGCUGUAGAUGAAGCCCAUCCUGAGAAGAUAUCCGAAUUCCUCCGUGAUCAAAACAGGAGCAUGACGAAGGAGGAGGGAAAUUGA